AUGUUUUUGGAGUAAGACUAGUACGAAUAUGCCUGGAUCAAGCAGCAAAGCAUCUUCAAGCAAAAUUCAAAAGAAAACCCACAGGUAUUGAAAACAUUUGAAGGUAGUGACUUUUAGUCAAUGCAGCAAACGUUGGGAUAAGGCUCUUUUGGUUGGGUGACUUUAGUUAAGGAGAUUAAGACUGGAAAUCUAUUUGCCAUGAAAGCAAUGAGGAAGGAAGAACUCUUUAAGUACUGUACAGUGGAUAAUUUGAAGAGGGAGAUAAAAAUUUAACGCAAAUUGCAUCAUCCUAAUAUUAUUAAAUUGGAUAGUUAUUUCGAAGACAAGACCAAUGUCUAUCUCAUUUUGGAGUAUGCGGAAGGAGGUUCUCUAUUUAAAAAGAUCAAAAAGGAGCGUCGACUUUCGGAGGAGGAAGCCUUUCAUUAUCUCUAUCAGACUUGUUUAGGAAUAGAGUACUUACACAAGAUGAAGAUAAUCCACCGGGACAUAAAGCCAGAGAAUCUUUUGCUGGAUGCGAAGGGGAAUAUAAAGAUAUGCGAUUUUGGGUGGUCCACUGAAAUGGAUAAUCUAAAGAAGGCCUUUUGUGGAACCAUCGAGUACAUGGCACCAGAGAUGAUCAAGUCUCAGAGUACCAAUUUCAAAUUGGACAUCUGGUGUUUGGGCGUAUUGUUGUAUGAGAUGGUUCAAGGUAAGCCUCCUUUUACAGGAAGAAAUGAUUAGGAAAAGUGUGUAGCCAUUCUGUCAGGGUAGCAGUUGAAGUACGAGGAGUUCGUGAGUGAAGACUGCAAAGCAUUGAUUGCCAUGAUUCUGCAAGCGAAUCCAUUUAAUAGACCUUCUAUUUAAGGUAUUCUCAAUCAUAAAUGGAUGUCAUCGAAGUCAAAGUAUUAGUCUCGCAACGAUCAGUUAAAUUCCAAAAGCAUCUCUGUGCUGAUGGACGAAUUUAGUCAUUCUCCUAUAAAAUCUUGUCCAACAUUUGUUUCUGAAAGGAAAACCAACAGCAAGGAAUGGGAAGAGAUGAAAAACAGAUCUCAGCAUUUUGUGUUCCACCAAACUUAGCCCUUAAACGAGCAGCCAGAACAGACUUUCUUCAGAAGAAUCCUUAUUUCUCUUGGUUGUAUUAAUCGUUGAAAUUAUUUAUGUUAAUUCAUCUAGAUUCGAUUAAAGAAAAAA